CUGAAGCUCUGAACGAGAUGUACGGCCCUUCGUAAAGCCGGUGACAAUUCAGGAACGACCAUGGUUCGACCAGGUUUGACAGAUCUGUCCAGAUCGUAGACGUGACUGAUGUGACAUCCGCGACAUUUUUCGCCAAAUGUCUGUUACUUCAAACUGCUAUCAUAGUUGCGGAAUGCAUCGAGACUUAUCGCGACUUAAUUGAUGCCAAUAAACAACAGUUGAGUUAAUAUGCCAAUUGACAAAAAGGAUAUUUUAACAGAAGCUGAAGUGAACCAGGAUGGAAAAGUCUCUUCUUCCUCAUCCUCUUUUUCUGUCCUUUGGAGGAUAGACAGCACGCUAUUGAAGACAUUCCUUCUGGUCACUUGUAUUAAGAUUCUUCUAAUUCCUACCUACCACUCCACUGAUUUUGAGGUACAUCGCAAUUGGCUAGCCAUCACACACAGUUUACCUGUUACAGAAUGGUAUAUAAAUGCACAGUCUUCCUGGACUCUCGAUUAUCCGCCUUUAUUUGCAUGGUUUGAAUACUGUCUCAGCCAAGUGGCUGCACUCUUCGACCCAGAGAUGCUCAAGGUAGAGAAUUUGAAUUAUGCUUCGCCAGCCACUGUAUAUUUCCAAAGAGGCACCGUUAUAUUUACCGACCUAAUAUUUGCAUUUGGGGUACAAGAAAUGAGUAGGACAUUUUGCAAAUCUUUGAACAGCCACGUAGUUUUCAUAUUUCUAUCGUUAUGCAAUGUAGGACUACUGAUAGUUGACCAUAUACAUUUCCAGUACAAUGGUUUCUUGCUUGGUGUUCUGUUGAUGUCGAUGGCGAAUGUCUCAAAGACUGAGGAGCAGAUGUCAGUAUUGCUAGGUGCUACAUGGUUCGCUAUUUUACUCAAUUUAAAACAUCUAUAUGUGUACGUGGCCCCAGCGUAUAUUGUCUGGCUAUUAAAAUCCUAUUGUCUGAACAGUGGAAAUUUUUUAAAGCGAUUAUUUAGUUUGGGACUUGUUGUUCUGACUAUUCUAGCAGUAUCCUUUGGUCCAUUUAGAGUUCAGUUACCACAGGUAAUUUCACGUUUAUUUCCAUUUAAAAGAGGUUUAGUACAUUCAUACUGGGCUGCGAAUGGUUGGGCUCUGUAUAUUGGCACAGAGAAAGUACUGUCUGUGAUAUGGAAACGCCUGGGAUGGUUGAGAGAUGUUAAAUCUGCAGUAAUGACGGGUGGUCUGGUGCAAGAGCAAAACUUCCUUAUAUUACCCACUCCAACUCCUAUUAUUACAUUUCUUCUGACUUUCGCGGCAAUGUUUCCUGCGUUAUGGUAUCUACUGUGUAAGAGAUCCCAUAACUCAAAGGACUUUGUUAGGUGCAUCGUACUAUGCGCUUUAAGUUCAUUCAUGUUUGGCUGGCAUGUGCACGAGAAAGCCAUAUUAACCGCAAUUGUCCCUUUGUGCGUUCUCGCAGCGAUAUAUGCAGAAGACGCACGUAUAUUUAUUAUUUUAAGCAGUGCUGGACAAACCGCUCUCUUGCCACUGCUGUAUCCCGAUAAUUUAUCUCUGUUAAAAUUACUGUUGUCGUUAACGUACAUACUUUUGUCGAUUUUAGUCCUGACUAAUCAGCACGGCAGACAUUUGUUGCGAUUACACGAAUGGCUGUACGUAAUAUCACUACCGUUAGUUACAAUCUACGAAGUAAUGUUGCACAAAUUGUUACUCGGCGACAAACUGCCGUUUUUACCAUUAGCAUUUACUUCUAUAUACUGUGCCAUUGGUGUAACUUACUGUUGGAUACUGUAUUAUUACACGUAUCUGCAGAAUGACACUGUCAUUUGUGUCAAUGAUGGAACAACAGAAGGUAAAUUAAAUCAUCAAAAUUUAAAAGCUAAAUCUCAACUACCAUUUCAAAUGUUAAGUGCCUCAAAAUCACCAAGCAGUUCAGACAACGUUUCUAACAAGAAGAAGAGGAAGAUAGUUUCGCCUUCGAUAGAAUCUAAGAAGUCUAAGGUGAUAAAACUUGCAACAAAAGAGAAUUUAGUUAGAAGUACACCUGAAAAGGAGAAAGAAGACACGACCGAGAGAAAGCUUAAUAGUAGCAAUGAGAGUGUUGAAAUAAUAUCAGAUGAGAAGAAAGAUCUAGAACAAAGUGAUCAACAAAAAAUCAGGAAAAGUCUGGAUAGUACACCUAAAAGGAAAAGUGUAGGAAAAAAUAAGAAACUAGACAGAUCUCAACAAAAACCUGGUGCCUUAACUAAGUUUCUUAAGAAGACAGACAGGGAAAUUGAAGAAAGUGAUAUUAGGCAUGACAAUAAUUUAUCUGAAUUAAAAAUUAAGGAUUGUCAAGAUAUAUCUGUACAUAAGAAAGAAAAUGAAAUCUUUGAAUCAGAAAUUGAUAAGAGUUCAGAUGGACAGUUUAUUCAAUCUGAAUUGCAAAAUAAGCAAGAUAAGCAUGUGAAUGAAAUAGAUGAUUGUGUUGCUAAUAAGGAUGCUGCUGAUUGUUCUCUUCCAGAAUCAGACUGUGAUAUUACAAUUUUAUCUUCAGAUAACGAGGCUUCAAAGGAAGAGAAAGCAAAUCGGCGAAGAGAAAGAGAAGAGAAACAGAAGGAAAAAGAAGAAAAAGAGAGAAUAGAAAAAGAACAAAAAAGAAAGGAAAAGGAAUUGAAGGAACUUAGGAAACAAAUGGAAAUCGAACAAAAACAGAAAGAGAAAGAGGCGAAAGAAGAAGAACGGAAAAAACGAGAAGAAGAGAAAAGGAAGAAAGAAGAGGAACGACUGGAAGCUGAACGUAAAAAGCAGAAAGCUGCCUCGAAUUUUGCUAGCUUUUUCGUUCCUAAAAAACAGGAAGUUAAAUCAGCGGAUGGAGAGAAUAUUGAAGUAAAAAAUUUCAUGCCUUUUGAAAUAAAGGCUGACAUGAGAGUUGCGCCGAUUUGUCGAAGAAAACUGAAUGAACACGAUAAAUUAUUGUUAGAUGAUAUGUGCAACAUAGAUUUAGAUAAAACCGAAUUAUAUCUAGAAAAUAUUAAAAGAGGAAGAAUCAUGCCGCGUACUUCUUGUAAAACGUGGCCACUCGAAGCAAAGGACGAUGACGUCAUACUAUUAGACGAAGACAAUGAUGGCAGUUCCAACAUAAUAACGAAUACGCAUAAUUUGGAGAAGCACCGACCGAAAUUAUUACAAUUCAGUGAGAACCGUCGUCCUCCAUACUGGGGUACUUGGCAGAAACGAAGUAGCAUUUUGAAUCCUCGGCGACCGUUCACAAAAGAUAAGAAAUGGUUCGAUUAUGAAGUUGAUUCCGAUGACGAAUGGGAAGAAGAAGAACCUGGCGAAUCUCUCAAGGGAUCAGAUGAUGAAAAGGAUGAGGAAAAUCCAGAAGAAAAUGAAUACGACGUUGACAACGAAUUUAUGGUUCCUCACGGUUAUCUCUCCGAUGAAGAAGCCCAAGCUGACGAAGAAGAAAUGGAGGAUAUGUCACCACAAACACAGAAAAUGAAAUUAAAAAUAUUAGGAGAACAAUUUGAAGCCGAAAGAAACGCGAAAACAUAUAGACUUAAGCCAAAAAUAAUUGGAUGCAUCUGGCAAGGAUCUGACAAUUCAUUUCCGGAAUCUGUUCCCCCGAAGGUCAAAGAAUUCUUGUUAGCACGACAAGCUUGGGUCAACAAUAUACCAAUAAUAUUUCCGUCGACAUUACGGGAAGAGAAUAGUUCGGUUAAUGCUGAUUGCAAGACACCUACUCAUCAACAAUCCGUAAGAGGUGCGAAAAAGACCAAGUUUCCUGACGAGGCUUUGCCCGAUCUGAUUCGAUUAGUACAUGGGAAUAGGUAUGGCAGACAUGGUCUUAUGAGAGAGUUUAUGACAUUCUGGAGUAAAAAAAGCGGGAGCCAAUUGUCAAAGGUUAGCAUAUUGUCAAAGAUCAAUGAAAUCGCUGAUAGAAUAGCGUGUCCCGAAGAGGGACCGAUGCAUCUUAAAUCCUGCUGGUAUGUCCCGAAAGAUAUCCGAAAGCAGUAUUUCCCCGAUGUUGAACUGUCGUUACCGAAUUGUUGGGAAUAUAUUUUAACGCCGAAAAGUCGGAAAAUUGACACUGAAAACAUUGUAGUCGAUAAGACUAUGGAGAAAGAGAAAGAGGAAAAAGAUAAAGAAAAAGAGAAGAAACACAUAUCACUUAUUACUCAGUUCACUAAAAAAAUUACACAGGAGGAGAUGCAGAAACAACUGGCGAAAUCUGAUCAAGAAGAGAUGAAGAAAAAGUCAAUAGCGACACCUGAUCUAAAGGAGAUGAAGAAACAAUUGACAGCGAAAUCGGAUCAAGAGGAGACGAAGAAACAAAUGGCAACAAAACCCGACCAGGAAGAGACCAAGAAACAAUUGGCAUCGAAAUCCAAGGUUUCCGUUUUACCGAAAUUACCUCCGUUACAAAGACCUCCUAAACGAGCGACUUUAAUCUCCGUAGGUAGGGGGGAACAAUUUCCGGAAAGCUCUCGACAGAAUAUGUUAGCCAAAUUCGUUGGUCUUGAUAAGAAGAAGAAAGAGCAACCAUUGAGUAACAAAACAAAGGUUGAUUCAGACGAAGUUAUAUUCGUAGAAAGUAAUGAUGAAUAAAACGAAUUGAGAGAGAGAGAGAGAGAGAGAGAGAGAGAGAGAGAGAGAGAGAGAAAGUUAAAAUCAAGGAACGAGCCGUAAAAUUUUUUCGAUAAAUAGCGAGAAAGAAACUUCGAAAGCAAAUAUAAUUGUCGACGAUUGUCAUAUAGAAUUAUAUCAAACGAUUGAUUUGAAAAAUAAAGUGGAAAUGGUGAAAAAAUAAUAGAUAACUAGAUAAAUUAUAUAAACAAUUGCAAGCAAAGAAUAUUACAACUGUAUAGAAUAAUUCGAUUAAGAACAGCACAAAAUAUGAAUAGAAAAUGAAAAACAUUAUGUUCUGUUCACGUUAAUGCGUUCCAUUUAUCAUUCUAUGCAGAAAGGCGUCUAAUUGAUUAUUGAUGUAUUAAUGAUAUACAAUGAAUUAAUUAAUUAAUACUCUUUUACAAGUGUACAAAGCUUUAACAAAUAGUUUUUAUUAUUAACGUUUCGUAAUUGAACAUCACGCAGUUAUUUUGUAAAAUAAAAUGUUUAUCAUAAAAUAGUAUAAAAAUAGACAUAAUAUUUUGAAAUAAUAAUCUUAUAUUAUAAAUGCAUUAAGUAUUCUACGUAGACAAUAUUUUAACCACAUGAAUAUUCCAUUAAUUAAAUGAAAUGCUUUUCAUUAACAAAUUUAAUUUCUGUAGGAACAAUAAUCAAUCGUUGAAAAUUUAUAAGUUUUAAAACGGUUUCAAAUAUUCAUAAACUGAUAUUAAGGAAAGGUAAGGACUACAUACUAAGAUAAGGACUUACCUAUCUAUAGUCCCAUACAGUAUAUUUUAUUGUCGUAUAUUUUACUUGUUUCGUAAAAAUAACAGUUUUAAUCGUAUCACACGAUAACUGUCAAAUAAUUGUAAAUGGAUUUAAUAGCCUUAUGUAAAACACACAUAAGUGCCUUUAUUCAAUUUGAUAUGUAACUCUAUUCUUGUAAUUAGCUACAAAAUUUCCAAAAAGAAGAAAUUUUAGAAAUAUACAUAGACUGCAGCUGAAAGGUGACUCGUUUCCUUUCUAAUUCAUACUGCACACAGUCGAUAACAUAUAACUAUUUUAGAUCAAAUACUGUUUGUCUAAAUUUUAAAGAAUGUAUAUUCUUUAAAAAUACGCAACUCAGGAUAUCCGUUUCAAUUAUAGAAUUAAGCUAGUGCUGAAGUAUUCGUAACAGUCGCUAUUUUGCUUCGAAAAUUGCAGUCAAAGGCCGCAAAAGUUUCGUAUUUAAUAAACUUGAAUGCCAUAUUGUAGAUGCCUGUAAACGAUAUUGAAAUGACACGAGUUCCGUGCAUAGAAAUAUCUUAUAUUUUACGAAAGCUUUGUUACGUGAGUUAAUCCGUUUUUACUAAAUAAAAUAUAUUUUAUAUCAAUCGAAGAAAACUUAUUCUCUCUUUUUACUACCGCAUAGUGAAACGGGUUCACUCGCGGCUUUUACCCAGGAGUUUAUUUUACAAAAUGAGAGAGAAUACUGUUGUCGUAAAUACCAGACCCAUCUCGGAGUAAUCUGCAGUCGCCCUUACCGGUGUUUGCCAGAGUGUAUCUUCUUUUUUUCUCUUGAAACGGUUUGAAGGCUUCAAUUGACAAAUCUGAAAUCGGAUAGGCGCCGCUGCCGUCGCGGAGAAAUCCGUUUUUGGAUGCACCUCGAGGAAAGAUUCCCUCGCGAUUCCGCUCGCGGGGAGAAAGGGAAAAAAAGAGGUAACGCCAUUCGGGGAGGAAGUUUUACAGUCGGUAGUUCGGGGGGCCCUUCGUACCUUCGGGGUGUACCGGUCGACUGCGGCAUAUGGCCGGAAUAACGAAAGGGCGCUCGUGAUUGCGGUAAUUAUCGAGUCACGUUACGAGAUCCGUGCCGUUAAAAUCUGCAGAAAACUGCGAGAGAGGCUGCGGAUGGGCACAAGGGGACCGUGCGUAACUCUCGGAAGAGAGAAAAAGUUUUAUAUGUGAAUUACGCUAAUUUGCGUGAUUGCUUCGUGGCGGCACACGGAGAGACGCCCCGGGGCUCGCGAUGCAGUUGCUGCGAUUUGCCUGAAAAACGUUAUCGUAGGAUGAUGACGUGUUAUAAAUACCAAUGAAACAGUGCGCGAGUCUCGAUUACUAGACCGCAAAUGUGGGUAAAUAAGAACGUUUGAUGAUUCAAGAACGACGAAGAGAGAAAUGCAAAUUUAACGCAGCCAUUAUUAUGAAAUUGAUUAAACAAUAAUAUUUUUGCAAAAAUUGAUCUUUAUCUUAACAUUUGAUUUCUGAAAUUUCUACGCGUUUUGAACGGAUUAAUUCCUCACAUAUAAUAGUUACAUACUUAAAAGAAGAUGAAGUCUAUAGAGAGAAUUGCAAAUGCAAGCGUCAGUAUGGUGAACGGAAGGCAACUUGUAAAGAAGACGCAACAUUUUGCCUUUCGGAACUGAGGUUUACAAUAUUAACGGUGCAUUCGAGAGGACCAUCGCCGGAGAGCAUUGUUUAGCGCGGUGCAACGAUCGUAUAUUUAUCUACUGUAUGUGCAACAAAAUUACCGUCCGCCAUGUAAAACGAUCUCCGGCGAGAGUACACGGCGUAAUCAUCGGGUUAAUUAAAAUUACAACUAUUUCCAUUCCCGCGGGAUAUCAACGUAGCCACGGCAGUAUUACCUCGCUCAAGUGCGGUACGCGCAUUGCUCACUCACGCGUGAGUAACAUCCGUUAUUUAUUUGACAAAAUGAAGAAAAAAAAAAAA